AUGAGCAACACACAGCCAGUAGUGCACUCGUUGGCAUUCAGAGUAAUGCGGCUAUGCCGUCCCACAUUCCACGUCGAAACACCGCUCCUGUUUGAUCCAUGUGAUCUUGUCAUUGGGGAAGAUCUAUUUGACAGCCCCUCCGUUGCACCACACCACCUCCUCCGCCCUGGUCAUGAUCAUUCGGAUGAGUCCUCAUCAUCAUCAGUUGGUGGAUCAGAUCUCACAUACCGUAACCGCUUUUUCCUUCACGAUGAUUCCGAUGCCAUGGGCUUACCCGGCCUCCUUGUCCUCCCUCAGUCCUUUGGGGCAAUAUAUCUUGGGGAGACAUUUUGCAGCUAUAUAAGCAUCAACAACAGCUCAAAUUUUGAAGUCAGAGAUAUAAUUAUUAAGUCAGAAAUACAAACAGAAAGGCAGAGGAUACUGCUUUUAGAUACAACAAAAUCACCUGUUGAGAGCAUCCGAGCAGGAGGACGCUAUGAUUUCAUUGUCGAACAUGAUGUCAAGGAGCUUGGUUCACACACACUGGUUUGUACUGCUCUAUAUUACGACGGUGAUGCUGACCGCAAGUAUCUUCCACAAUAUUUCAAGUUCAUCGUUUCAAAUCCACUCUCAGUCAGGACAAAGGUUCGUGUUGUUAAGGAAACUACUUUUUUGGAGACUUGCCUAGAAAAUAAUACAAAAUCAAACCUUUUUAUGGACCAAGUGGAAUUUGAGCCAGCUCCACGGUGGAGUGCAACAAUGCUUAAAGCCGAUGUACACCAUUCAGAAAUAGGUGGUUUUACUAGAGAAAUAUUCAAACCCCCUGUUCUUGUUAGAUCAGGAGGAGGAAUUUAUAACUAUCUCUAUGCGCUGAAAAUGUCACCUCAGCCAACAAAAAUUGAGGGGAACAAUUUCCUAGGUAAACUCCAAAUAACAUGGCGUACUAAUUUGGGUGAACCUGGCCGCCUGCAAACACAACAGAUAAUCGGCAAUCCCGUCUUGCGGAAAGAGGUUGAUUUGAAAGCUGUGCAAGUGCCAUCUGUCAUCAUCAUAGAAAAACCAUUUCCCGUACAGUUGAGUCUUACAAACCUGACCGGGAAGAAGCUUGGACCCUUUGAAGUUUGUUUACCGCUAAAUGAUUCAAAGGAGGAAAAGGCUGUUAUGAUUAGCGGACUUCAAAGAAUGGAUUUACCUGUGGUGGAGGAAUUUGCAUCCCUGGAGUUUCAACUGAAUCUAAUAUCUGCUAAACUUGGAGUACAGAAAAUCACUGGCAUUACAGUGUUUGAUACAGUGGAGAAGAAAACUUAUGAUGCUAUGCCGGAUAUGGAGAUAUUCGUUGAUUCAGACCUAUAAGCUAACUUGUUUGAAAGGAGAUCUAAUGGCAUAACCAACAUGCAUCUUGCACUUCCAUGUAAUCUUAAAGGAUUAUG